CCUGUCUACUUUCCUCAAAGCUUGUUGUUAGCCAAAGCACCAUAGACCACUGGCAUCCACCGGGAUCCCCUUUAUGUAUCGUUUUCUUCUGCAGCUUGGAUAGUGCUUGUCAAAGUGCUGUAACCCUGGCAGUCAAAGUAGCCACACCUCUCGACUAUAAAACUAGGUCGCAUCAUGAUGGCACAAACCAUCGACUCGCAAUCAGUACGACUGCUGUGUUUUUCUUGUAUCCAUCAUCAUAUCUUGCCUGUCUCUAACGUCCGUCCACCAUGAUUCCCCCGUUUUCCGUCCCUGUCUAUGAACCACUUCCCUACUCUCUUUCGGGUCUCAGCUUCACGCAGCUACCGAUGUGCACACAGCAUUACCUGCUAGAAAUUGCAAAAUUGGUACCUCCUCACGCGCACAAAGUGAACUCUAUUUUGGACGAGCGCUCAAUCAUAUCACUGGCUCUCUACAUCAACCUCCUAGGGAAUGACAUAACCCUCGUUAAUCUGCGGCAUGAGACCAUCACAAUGGCCCGUGACCUUGAAAGAGGCAUCCCGCCUCAGGCUAGUGCACAGUGGCACUUGGCAAUGCAGAACGGGCGCCUCCAAACAGUAUUGGGUACAUUGCUGCCAGAGCGAGAGCUCAUCUUCAACGAAUUCAUGAUCAAGUUUGAUGCGCUUGUCUGGCUGGAUCAAGAAGGACGCGAGAAUUAUACCCCUGAGGAUUGGCAGAGGUACAGGAACGCGCUCCUGAAACCUAUUCUUGACCAUACAAGCGAACGGCUUGUCGCGCGGGACGAAUGCGUCAGGAAUCUGGCGGUGAUUAAUGGAUAUUACUACCGGGCGCCUUCCUUACCAUACUCGCGAUUGGGUUCGCCCCGUCUAGAUGCAAGCCGCACAUGUUCCAGGAGAUCUGCUACCUGUGGACCUGAUUCCGGAGAGGAUUGUCCCAGGGGUCGGAUGUCAAGCCGGCAUUCAUAAAGGACUUAGCAUCAUACUCUCCACAAAUCGAACAAUCGAACAAUUUAUCAUGCAACGAAGCACACUCAUUGACGCUGUUACAUACAUACUCCUAUGUACUUGAUCACACUGGGAUUUCUGUACAGUAUUGCAAUUGUUAUUUCUCCAGUGGUAUGGAGUAUUAUGCCGUGUCCGUAAGCCUCAAGUGGAA